AUGAAGAUGUCUCCAGCACAAGUUAUAAACAGAAUAGGCUUCCAGGAGAAAUUAGAGUUGAAGCUGAUGCUGAAGGAUAACCUGGUGGUGAUUAGUUGGAGUAAGGAUAGGAGAAGACAACUCAUCCAGGAAGAGGAAAUGGUCUACAGGAAGGCUGGUCUUGCCACCUUCCUGAGGGGUGUGCUGCUCAUCGUCCCAUUCACUUUCCUCACCAGGCGUCUGCCUUACUGCCAGGGCAACUUCAUUCCCCAUACCUACUGCGAUCAUAUGUCCGUGGCCAAGUUGUCCUGUGGCAAUUUCAAGGUCAACGCUGUCUAUGGUCUGAUGGUUGCUCUCCUGAUUGGUGUGUUUGACAUCUGCUCUAUUUCCGUGUCUUACACUAUGAUAUUGAGAGCAGUAGUGAACCUGUCAUCUGCAGAUGCUCGUCACAAAGCCUUCAGCACCUGUACAUCUCAUAUCUGUGCCAUUGUGAUCACGUAUGUUCCAGCUUUUUUUACAUUUUUUGCCCACCGUUUUGGAGGACACAACAUACCUCAUCACGUACACAUCAUUAUAGCCAACCUUUACCUGCUCCUGCCUCCUACCCUGAACCCCAUUGUUUAUGGAGCCAAGACCAAGCAGAUCCGAGAAGGUGUGAUCAAGUUUUUACUUGGAGAUAAGGUUGUCUUUCCUCAAAACAAAUAA